AUGCUCGAAUAUUUACCAUCAUCUACUCGUGCAACAAUUAUUAUUGUUAUUGAAUUAUUUUGGUCAUUAGGCAGUAUUUUUGAAUAUGUUUUGGGUAUGAUUAUAGUUCCAUUAUAUGGAUGGCGUUUAUUAACAGUUCUUUCUGCUUUACCAAUAACAAUUGUCGCUAUUUUUAUGUAUUUCGUACCUGAAUCACCACGUUAUUUUGUUGCUAGUGGUCGUCCUGAAAAAGCUGAACGUGUUUUAAAAAUAAUAGCAUCAACAAAUCAACGUCCUUUACCAGAAGGAAAACUUCACGAUGUUCAUGCUCAAGAUGAAUGUGGUUCAAUCAAACAUUUAUUUCAUAUAAAUUAUAAACGUACAUCAUUUCUACUUGCAUUUAUGUGGAUGACCGUAGCUAUGAGUUAUUAUGGUUUAAUUUUAAUCAAUACAUCUAUAAUGACAUUAUUUGAUAAUGAACAUGAAUCAAUAACAAAUACAAGUACAAUUAAACCAUCUCAAUGUAAAAUGUUAACAACAAAAGAUUAUCAAUCAUUAAUAUUUACAACAUUUGGUGAAAUGUUUGGUAUACCAUUAUUAUUAUUUUUACUUGCAUAUUUUGGUCGUCGAAUGGUUUGUGCUAUCAAUUUUUCAUGUGCAUCAUUUUGUUUUUUAUUAUUUCUAUUUAUUUCUCAAACAAAACCAUGGAUAAUUAAUAUAAUUACAUUUUUAGCACGAAUGUUUAUUAGUUCACAAUUUAGUUUAAUGUAUCUUUAUACAAUGGAAGCUUAUCCAACAGUUAUACGUGCUAUUGCUGUUGGAUGUGCAUCAUCAAUGUCAAGAAUUGGUGCUAUGAUAACACCAUUUCUAGCACAAGUUUUAAUUAAACAAACGUUUCAUGGAACUAUUGUAAUUUAUAUGAUAACAACAAUCAUAGCAGCUAUUUGUGCAGUGUUAUUACCAAUAGAAACAAGAGGACGUGAACUAAGACAAGCCACGUCAGAUCAACCUAGUUCAUCAACAAUACCUGUUGAUGAUACUGUAUCUUCUUGGAUAGCAGCUGUUGAUAAUAUAGCAUCGCUAGUGCAUGCAAAUGAUGAUAUUGUCAAUAAAGGAUAUCAACCGUUAACACAGGAAGAUAUUAGUGAUGAAGAAACAUUAUAA